GAUGACGAGUUUGGAAAAGUUGCUUGUAGAUGGCGCCAUAUGUAACACAAUAUUGGUGGCAUUUUAAGCACGUGUUAUUAUUUUAAGGGAACUCGAGGCGAGUUUCCUUAAAAUUUAGUCGAGUCGAAUAUCUGAAGAAGAGGAAGAUUAUUUUAAAGCAUUAAAAUAAGUACUGAUAAGAAAAUGCAGUCGGACGAGGAGGAAGUUGAAGAAAAACCAAUAAAUUUUCAUGAAUUGGAAUUGGAUGAUCGAAUCCUGAAGGCUAUUGCCAAAAUGGGCUGGUUGGAACCCACUCUUAUUCAAGAGAAGACAAUACCAUUACUUCUCGAAGGAAAGGAUGUUCUUAUAAGAGCAAGAACUGGAUCAGGCAAGACUGCAGCUUUUGCUAUUCCAGUUAUACAGAAAAUUCUGACUGGAAAACAAACACAGUCUAAACAGGAAGUAAAGGGCUUAAUUUUGGCACCAAGCAAAGAACUUUGUAAACAAAUUCAUGAGGUUCUGAUUAGCUUAACAAUCAAAUGUUCACGAGAAGUGAAAAGUUUGGACAUAAGUCCACAGGUUGAUCUCAGCGUGCAAAAACCUCUUCUUGCUGAAAAGCCUGAUAUAAUUGUUGCUACACCAGGUAGAGCGUUGCAGCAUAUGAAAGCGGGAAAUAUUAAAUUAAAAAGAUCUCUGGAAACACUUGUUAUAGAUGAAGCUGAUUUGAUUUUCUCCUUUGGAUAUGAAGAAGAAAUAAAAAAUGUUCUUCCAUUUCUACCAAUUGUUUAUCAAGCAGCGCUUGCUUCAGCAACUCUUUCCGAAGAAGUUUUAACCUUGAAAAAACUAGUUCUACACAAUCCAGCUAUCUUAAAACUGGAAGAGCCUCCAUUAGCUCCCCCUUCACAGCUUGCCCAUUAUACACUAACUGCUGAAGAGAACGACAAAGCUGCUAUCUUAUAUGCACUUCUAAAGUUACAUUUAAUCAGGGGAAAGAGCAUAAUAUUUGUUAAUACUGUAGACAGGUGUUAUAAGCUCAAAUUAUUCCUGGAGCAAUUCGGCAUUCCUACUUGUGUUCUUAAUUCUGAAUUACCUGCUGUCUCAAGAUGUAGAGCCGUAACACAGUUUAACAGCGGAACUUACGACAUAAUUAUAGCAUCUGAUGAGAAAGCUUUGGAGGAGCCCCAUGUGGUCAAGCAAAAAAAGUCAAAGCGCAGGAAAGAUAAAGAAUCAGGCGUAGCACGUGGAAUAGAUUUCCAAUUUGUAUCCAACGUUAUAAAUUUUGACUUUCCUCUUGAUGUGAAUUCGUACGUUCAUCGCGCUGGCAGAACAGCACGUGGAAAAAAUCAAGGAACAGCUUUGAGUUUCAUAGCAAUGAGAGAAAGGGUAUUGAUGGACGAGGUGGAGAAUGAAUUAAAACAAAGUUAUGGAAGGGAGACAUUGUUCAGAACUUAUCAAUUUAAAUUGGAAGAAGUUGAAGGAUUCCGGUAUCGAGCAAAAGAUGCUUGGAAAGCUGUGACUAGGAUAGCUGUACGAGAAGCUAGACUGAAGGAAAUUAAACAGGAGGUUCUUAAUUGUGAAAAAUUGAAGGGUUACUUCGAAGACAAUCCAAGGGAUUUUCAAUCCCUUCGACAAGACAAGGCUCUCCAUACUGUGAGACAGCAGCCUCAUCUUAAAGAUGUACCGGAAUACAUUGUACCAGCUUCAUUGAAGAGAUUAGCAGGUAUUGGAAAGCGGAAACGGAAAUUUAACAGAGAAGCUGCAUCAGCAGGAACAAGUGGAGCGAAAUUAAAACAGCAGGCUAGAAUGUCCAAUCCUUUGAUAAGUCUCAGUAUACCAAAAAAAAAUAAAAUAAAAUAAAUUUUUGUACAUUGCUGUAGUCUUAUGUAAAAUAUUUUUACAUUCUUAAAAAAAUUGGUAUGAUGUGAAAAUGAUUGAAUGAAAAAGGAUAUAGGCUGCUCGUGAGAUUUUUAUUAAAACUGUUAAUUACCAAUGCGUAAAAAUUAUGUAUACAAGUAGAUACCAUAUUUAACUAAAAAAUUAGGAUUUUGUUGUU